GAAGCUGAGCGGCGCCUUCCUGGCCUGCAUGAAGCUGCGCGCCAGGGUGCCCUGCAGGCAGCUGUUUUACGAAGCCUACGACUCACACACCUGGGGGCCCGUGGCCGAGGACGCCGCCGCGGCGCCCGACGGCGGGGAGGACGUGGCGGCGGCGGGGUGA